AUGGCAGAUCCAAAGUAUGAAAAUCUCCCAGGCAUAGCAUACGACCAGCCAGAUGUAUAUGAAACCGGAGACCUUCCUGAAGCCGACCAACCAGAGCCGUAUGAAGAGGACGAAAAUGAAAGUAUUGAACAACUGCACUUGUCUGUGAAAGAUUCCUUUAACAAAUUCAAAGGGAAAUUCUUGACUGGCAAUGUUGAUUUCUCUGAUAGGUUGAGCAGGAAAACACGCAUUGGUUACAGAGCUGGUGAAUGGGAGUUGGCAGCAGAAGGUGAACCAGAGACAAUCUUGGAAAGAUACAAUAGACUCCGCUGUGAGUUUUCAGAAUUAUUGGAAGAAGUUACAGAGCAGCGGGAUAAAGCAACUGAAAGUGAAAAGGAUGAACACAUCAAAUUGGCAGCCCAAAUUAAUUCAACUAAGAAGCUGCUUGAAGAGUUGAAGUUGGAAGAAGGUGAACAGAUCGACCCUAAGGCUGAAAAACUACGUGAAUAUCUUGCAACUAAUGGCAAAAAGAAACAGGGAGAAUUAGUAACAGCACAUCUGAAGUUGAAGCCUGAAGUGAAUUUGGCGCAGACUACAAGGAUAGCGCAGCUGGAACACAGAUUACAUAAGUUGGAACAAGCGGCUGGUGUGAGGGAUGAAGAAGCUUUCAGGAGGCUUCAGGCUGCAACUGGAGAGGCGACCUUGUGCGGUGCGGCGGCCACCCUGGCGGCCCGUGCGGCCCUUCUGCGGCCCUCGGAGUUGGCGGCAGCAGAUGCCCGCCUCGCCUCGCUGCUCACCAACCUGGACGCCCUGCGCGCCGCAGUCAAACCCACCAACCCGGAACUGGAGGCUAAAGUGAAUGAACUACACAAGCUACUGAAGCAGAUCGACGGCAUGUCGCACUCCGAGAUCCUGGAGCGAAUGGAGGCACUGGAAGCCCUACAUAAUCAAGCAAGCAACUUCGGCCAGUCUCUCACGGAGUUGGAGACUCUGCAGAGCACAGUGGCCAGCGGAGUCCAGAACAACAAAGAGCUUCUACAAGGUGUACAGGAGGUGUUUGCUCACAAUGUGGACAGCCUUCAGAAGGAGAUCAAGAAGUUGGACGAGCGAAUUACUAAACUCAAUGCGGCG